AUGGGUUUCGCCCACAACAACGUCCUCCACGCCAACCAUUUCCGCAAGGACUGGCAGCGCCGUGUCCGCACCUGGUUCGACCAACCGGGGCGCAAGCUCCGCCGACGCAAUGCCCGCAAGACCAAGGCAGCCACCCUCGGCGUCCGCCCCCUCAACCUUCUCCGCCCCGCCGUUCGUGCGCAAACCGUCCGCUACAACCGUAAAGUCCGGGAGGGCCGUGGAUUCACCCUCGCUGAGCUCAAGGAGGCUGGCAUCGGAAGGAAGGAGGCUCGGGGCGUUGGGAUCGUUGUUGACCACAGGAGGAGAAAUCUGAGCGAGGAGGGCAAGAAGGUCAACGUGGAGAGGCUGAAGGCGUACAAAGCCCGCCUGGUUGUCUUCCCCCGCAAGGCUGGCAAGCCCAAGAAGGGCGACUCUUCAGCGGACGAGCUCAAGGCUUCCUUCACCCGUGACUCCCUGGCCCUCCCCGACAUCUCUCCCGCCGAACCACCACGCAAAAUCACAGCCGCCGAACGCGAGUUCCAGGCUUACAAGACUCUCCGCACCGCUCGCGCCAACGCACGGCACGAGGGUGCUCGCAAGGCUCGUGCUGCCAAGAAAGAGGAGGAGGAAGCUGCCAAGAAGAAGUAA